AUGACCAGUCAACUACCAGAGGAGUCUGUGGAGACCCAGAGCUCAGAUGAGCUUGAGUGCAAGAUCUGUUACAACCGCUAUAACCUGCGACAGAGAAAACCGAAAGUGCUGGAGUGUUGUCACAGAGUAUGUGCCAAAUGCCUUUGCAAGAUCAUAGACUUCGGUGAUUCCCCGCAAGGAGUCAUAGUAUGCCCGUUUUGCAGGUUUGAAACGUGCCUGCCGGACGAUGAGGUUAGUAGUCUUCCUGAUGACAACAACAUCCUUCUGAAUUUAGCUUGUGGGGGAAAGGGAAAGAAGUGCCUACCAGACAACCCAACAGAACUGUUGCUGACUCCCAAAAGGUUGGCAUCUCUGGUUAGCCCUUCUCACACCUCUUCUAAUUGCCUGGUUAUAACAAUCAUGGAAGUACAAAGAGAAAGUCCCCAGACUCUGAACUCAACCCCCGUGGUGGAAUUUUACAGGCCUACCAGUUUUGACUCUGUUGCAACUGUGUCCCACAACUGGACAGUGUGGAACUGCACAUCUUUGCUCUUCCAGACCUCGAUUCGGGUGCUAGUGUGGUUGCUAGGGUUGCUGUACUUUAGUUCCUUGCCUUUAGGGAUUUAUUUACUGGUAUCUAAGAAAGUCACCCUUGGGGUUGUCUUUGUAAGCCUUGUUCCUUCGAGCCUUGUUAUUCUCAUGGUUUAUGGCUUUUGCCAGUGUGUUUGCCAUGAAGUUCUAGACUGCAUGUCAUCUUGA